AUGAUAUUAUUACCUCAACAUCGUCAUCGACGAUAUUGUUUUAUAAUUGGUUUUCUUGUCGGUAUCUGUUUAAUUACAGCAUGUAUUCAUUUAUGGCUGUAUGAAGAUAUCAGUCCAAUUAAAAAUGACAUUUCUUCUACAAUUAAUUUUCCUCAAGUACGUCGUAACAUAAUAGAACGCCGAUUUACAAGUUCAGCUGUUGAAUCAUUAAUUCAAGAAAUAAAACGAAAAAUAAAAAAUAAAGAACUUGCAUGGCUAUUUGAAAAUUGUUUUCCUAAUACUCUUGAUACAACAGUUGAUUUUGAUGUUCAAGCAGCAGCUCAAAAUCAUCCUGAUACUUAUGUUAUUACAGGUGAUAUUGAUGCAAUGUGGUUACGUGAUUCUAGUGCACAAAUACAUCCUUAUUUACCUUUAAUGAAGCAUGAUAAAAAACUUCGUCAAUUAAUUGAAGGUGUUCUUCUACGACAAUUUAUAUGUAUUCAACGUGAUCCAUAUGCGAAUGCACAUUAUAAAGAUUUAAACCGUAUUAGUGAAUGGAAACAUAUGGAUGAAACAGAAAUGCGUGAUGGUGUACAUGAAAGAAAAUGGGAAUUAGAUUCACUUUGUUAUGUUUUACGAUUAAUGCAUUCAUAUUGGAAAGAAGUUAAUCAUGAUUUAACAUUUUUUCAUGAUCAUAAAGAAGAAUUUAAAAAAACUAUUCGAAUUAUUUUACAUACGAUGAAAGAACAACGACGAUACAAUGGAUCAGGUUCUUAUACAUAUCAACGGCAAGGUGCACCGCCUGAUCCCCGUGGUUAUCAUGCUAAACCGAAUGGUUUAAUUUAUUCAUAUUUUCGUCCAAGUGAUGAUCUACAAACAUAUCCUUAUUUAAUACCAUCUCAAUUUUUUGCUCAUCAUGCAUUAAAACUUUUAUUCGAACUUGUCAAAAAAUUAAAUUUGACAAAUGAUUUUAGUGAUGAUAUAUCAUCAUUAAUUUCUCAUUUACAUACUAUUUUAUUUGAUGAUAAUAUUAAAAAUAAUAUAGAAACAUUAAUUACAUUUCAACAUAAAAACUUUGGUUUAAUUUAUUCGUAUGAAAUCAAUGGAGUUGGAGAUAGAAAUUUAAUGGAUGAUGCAAAUAUUCCAUCUCUACUUUCAUUACCUUAUUUAUGUCCGAAUGAUAUUUCUAUCAAUGAUUCAAUCUAUCAAAAUACACGAAAAUUUGUACUUAGUAAAGAUAAUCCAUGGUUUUUUAAUGGUGGUCUUCUUGAAGGUAUUGGUGGACCACAUGUCGGAUAUGAAAUGGUAUGGCCACUUGGCAUUAUCAUGCGAGGUUUAACAACAAAUGAUGAUGAUGAAAUUCGUUUAUGUUUAAAUAUGUUACAAAAAUCUCAUGCUGAUACUGGAUUUAUGCAUGAAUCAAUUCACAUGAAUGAUCCAAUGAGAUUUACACGAUCUUGGUUUGCAUGGGCUAAUAGUUUAUUUGGAGAAUUUAUUUGGAAAUUAUAUAGAGAAAAAAAAUAUCUACUAGAUGAGAUUCACACUGAUCGACUGUAG